AUGGAGGAUCCAAGAGAGCAUGUUGAGGAUGAUUACAAUCAAUUGACUGAGGACUCUAGUGACGAACUAGCUGAUUUGGAGAAGGAGUUCGAGAUGAAAAGACAGAAGAUUCUUGCUAAAAAAGCGGCAGCUAAAAAAUCAAAAAGAGAAGUUGAAGUAAAUUCCACACCAACCAAAACUCCUAAGGUAGAAGGAGAGGGUGGGCUUGAUAAGACAGUCAAAUCCGAACCAGGGGCUAUGGAAAAUAAUGCUGGUGAAUCCUUACUUGUAGGUAGAUCACCCGAUAUUAAGACUACAGAUACUCUAAAGAAAGAACAAGGAAACAAACGUUUGAAUAAAGAAAAUGACAAUAAGCAUGCAAUAAAACAAGGUGUCAGUACCAGAGAGAGCAAUUGGAGGGAUCUCGAGAAGUCGUAUGAGCCCAAUCCAUAUAAAACUAAUCCAUAUAAGCCCAAUCAAUAUAAUACUAACCAGCAUUCAAGGAAACCGGCACAACCAAGUAAUUUUGCUGCUAAACUCCUAGCGGCACGACAGCUGGAAGAUACCACUGCCAAAAUCGACUAUUCAGUACGUGAGUAUUCCUUUGAAGGUUUACCUCCGAGAGAAAAUAUUCUGGUUGAUGAAAUAGACGUGUAUUCGUCUUUGAAAUUGAUGAAAAGGUAUAUUAAGAAGGAAGAUUUAUUUGAACACUUGAAGAAUGUGAAGAUACUAAGAAUUGAUAAGUUGUUGGCCAAAGUUCAACCUCCAAAGUAUGAGGAGCCUAUGUAUCUGAAUUGGUGCUUUAUUGGAAUUUUAUUACAAAAAAGUGAACCAAAAUUGACUAAAAAUGUUAAUCCGACCAAAUUUAUGAGACUCACAAUUGGUAAUUUUAACAAUAGCAUAGAAUUGAUGAUAUUUGGAGAUGCGUUUAAUAAAUAUUGGAAAUUACAAAAGGGAGAAGUUAUCGGAAUACUCAAUCCAGAAGUUAAGAAAUUGGGUAAAGGUUUUUCAUUAGGAUUGAAAGAUAAUAAUGAGAGUAUUAUUGAAAUUGGGUAUAGUAAGGAUUUUGGUUAUUGUGAAUCAACUACUAAGGAGCAGAAAAAGUGUCGAAUGGUGAUUGAUAAAAGUAAAACCAGUCUUUGCAUAUACCAUGAGAAUCAGAAAUAUCAGAUGAGUGGAAGAAUGGAAUUAAAUGGGAGUGUAGGAGCCCGAAAUCCAAUUGAGCUAGAGAAGAAGCUAAACAGAAAACGAACUUGGGAAUCAAUAGAGAAUAUGUCAACAUAUAAUGAAGUUACCAGUACUCACGUAUCGUAUGAAGGAGGCAGGUUGAGUAAAGAUUAUGAUGACCCCAAGUUAAUAGUUGAUAAUAAAACCAAACGGAAAAGACUAGAUCAAGAAAGAAGUAAUCAAUUAUUAGAGGCCAAAUUAAUGGGCUCUAAAAAUUCUUUAGCUAAAACAUUAGGUAUUAUAAAGAAGGAAGAAGCACGAGAAUCAAAUUUGAAAAAACAAGGUCUAGACGAUCAUAAACAAGCAUUCAAUAAUUCAUUAUUAACCAAGAUUGGAUUUGAUCCAACCAUCAUGCAAAAUCAAAACCAAGUUGAUGAAAUAUACAAAAGUCCAACCAAGAAAAGAAAUGAAUUAUCAAAAGACUUAAAAGAAUUAUACGAAAUCAGUAAUAAUAAACGAAACUCAAGAGAACUAACCAGCUCCAAACAAGAAAGGCUUGACAAAAGGAAAAAAUGGAACGAGAAUAUUGAAAACUUACAAAAAUAUAAAGGAGUUCACAAGAAGCCUCCAGUAUACGAGGAUGAAUCAAAGAAUGAAGCAUCACCAAGAAGAACAAAUCGAGUCAUAUCAAGUGACGAAGAAGACGAAGUCCAUGCACCCAAAGGUCGUCAUUUGCUCAAGGAGGAAAUGGACAACGAAGAAAGUUUGAUAGAUAACGACUCGGCCAGUGAUGACAGCAUCGAAUUCGAUAUUGGUAAUGAUUUCUACAAAAACUUACUCAGAAAGUAG